AUGGAUCCCCAGCAGAACAACGCAGCGCAGCCGGUCGACUCUCUGGGCCUCCCAGGCCUGCAGGGCAACGCACAUGAGCUGGACCAGUUGAUGCAGGAGGGCAUCAGGGACGUCCUAGGCGGCAGCCAGGGCUCCCUGCUGCCCAUACCAGGCCUGCCGGAGGGCGGGCAGCUGCCGAUUGUGGACCAGCAAGGCCACCUGCAGCUGGGCAGCCUGGAGCUGCCGCCGCUGCUGCCGGGCGAGCCCGAUGUGGCCAGCCAGGUGCGGGACACCAGCUGCAGCGCGCCGCGCCGCCAGGCGCCCCCCUCGGCACCCAUGUCUGAGGAUGAGGUGGACCAGGACGAGGAGGAAGAGGAGGAAGAGGAGGAGCCAGGAGGCGGCGGCGUCACGCCGGGCGGGGACGCCGGCAACGAGACGGGCAGCUCGGGGCGCCCCGGCCGCGGCGUGAAGCGCAAGAAGGCUGGCAAGGGUGCCAAGCGCGGCGCUGCACCGGGCAUGCAAGGGCGGUUCAGCGGGCGGCUGGGCACCAAGGAGGACGAGAAGCGGCUGGCGGCCGAGUGCCGCCUGGUGGGGCCGCUGCUGGGGGGCGCGUCGCGCGGCGAGAAGUCGCUGCACACGCUGGCCAAGCUGGUGCGGGCCAUUGCGGCGGGGUCGGUGCGCGCGCACCUGGAGGCGCAGGAGGCAGAGUGCCAGGACCUGCGCGCCAAGCUGCUGCUGCUCUCGGACGGCGACGGCCAGCAGCUGAUCCGGGUGCAGGACGAGAACACGCAGCUGCGGCGGGAGCUGUCGGGGCAGCAGCGGCGCGUGGCGGAGCUGGAGCAGCAGCUGGCCAACGCCAACGCCAAGAUGCAGCAGGCGCUCAACCAGAGCGCGGUCAUGGCGGGCCGCGCCUCAGCCGAGCAGGCCAUGCACCGCGUCGGCUCGCUGCCGGUGCUCCCCGUCAGCGGAUCCAUGGCGUUUGCGGGGGCGGCGGGUGGCGGAGUGCCUCUGCCGGUGCCGACGGCGGCGCUCACGGCAGCAGUCAGCCUGCCGUCAGCCGCACCAGCGCAGCCCCAGUUCAUGCUGGCGUCGGCGCCUGUGGCUGCCAUGACGGCGGCGCAGCUGGCGCCCGCGCCGUCGGCGGGCAUGGCGGGGGUGGCCACCACCGCGGCGCAGCUGGCUGCUUCCAUGCAGCCCUCGGGGCUGGCGCUGCCGGAUCCGGCGGCAGUGGCGGCGCAGCAGCAGGUGCAGGUGCUGUCGGGCAUGCAGCCGGCGGGGCAGGUGGUGGUCAGCAUGGCGCCGGCGCCCUCGGCACCGGUGGUCCAGCAGCUGUUGGUGCAGGCAGCCAGCGGCGGCCUGCAGCCCAUGGCGCAGCCCACGGUGACCAACCUGUCUGGCGGGGGCCUGGGGGCGCCCAAGCCCGCCGUGACCACCAUGUCGGAGGGGCUGUCGGGGGAGGCGGCGGCGGCGGCGCUGCUGCCGCAGGGCACGCAGACGCAGCUGUCGGGGCCCGGCGACUCGGGGCCGGCGGCGGCCGCUGCCGACCAGGCCGCCCAGAACCUCAACCAGCAGGCGCAGCACCUGACGGUGCAGGCCUCGCUGCACGGCCAGGCCAAGUCGCACGCCACCAGCCAGGCGCAGCAGCUGGCCUCCCAGGCGCAGCUGCAUGCCCAGGCGUCGGUGCAGGCGGCGGUGCAAGCGGAGCAGCUGAAGCAGACCCUGGCUGCCGCCGUGCUGCCAGACACGCAGCAGGCGCAGCAGGCGGUGGCAACCGUGCAGAACCUGGAGGAGCGGGCCAAGGCGCACGCAGACAUAACCACGCAGGCGGUGGCCCAGGCGCGGGAGCUGCAGGAGAAGGCGCAGGUGCAUGCCACGGAGCAGGCCAAGGCUAUGGCUCAGGCCAACAUGCUGCAGGCGCACGCCCAGUCGCUGCACGCCUCCGCGCAGCAGCUGGAGGCGUCGGCGCAGCAGACCACCUCGGCGCCCGCCUCCGCCGCCGUGUCUGGGGAGCAGCUGAUGGCGGCGGCGGCGGCGGCGGGCGGGCCCAUGCAGGCCUCUGGCCAGAUCCCCGCCCUGCAGCCCGUCAUGUUGGCGGCGGCGGCCUCGGGUGGCGCGCCGACCGUCACGCCGCCCCAGCAGCAGCAGCAGCAGCAGCCGCGGCAGCAGCAGCAGCAGCAGCAGCAGCAGCCGACAGCUAGCGUCAACCGGGCAGACACCGGGGCCGCUGUCGAGAUGGCGCCCCUGGCGGUGCCCGCAGCGCCAGCCGACGCGGCGGCGGCGGCGGGCCAGCAGCACUUGCAGCAGGCGGUGCUGGCCCCCGCGCCGCCUGCGCAGGCGGCGGGUGCCGCGGCCGCGGCGCCCGCCGGCGCGCCCACGCUGGUCCCGGCGCAGCUGCCAGACGGCCAGGUGGUUCAGGUAGUGAUGCCGGCACAGAUGGUGACGCAGGCAUCUGGCCCCAUGCUGGCCCAGGCCUCUGGCCCGCUGCCCGCGCAGAUCGUGGGGCAGGCCCCGGGGCCCAUGGCGCCCUCGGCCUCUGGCCCGCUGCCCCAGCAGCCGCUGAUGCAGCCCAGCCUGGCGGCCGCCGCCACCAUGCCCGCGGCACCCAGCGCCGCGGUCGCCAUGCCGCCGCCGCCCGCGCCCGGCGCCGACCCGGCCGUCAUCCAGCAGUCGGCGUCAGCGCAGCACACCGCCCACCUCCAGGAGCAGCUGGCUGUGCUGCAGCAUGCGCAGGCGCAGUCGCAGGCGGUGGUGCAGCAGGCGGCGGCCGCGGCUGCGCAGCACCAGGCCGCGGCCGCUGCGGUGCAGGAGAGGCUAGCAGAGGUGGAGAAGCAGGCGGCGGCGCAGGCGGCCGUGCAGGCGGCAGCGCAGGCUGCCCAGACCGUGGCGGCGGCUCAGCAGGCGGUUGCUCAGGCCCAGAUGGAGCAGCACGCCGCCCAGCAGCAGCUCAACUAUGCGGUGGCAGCCGCGGGGGGGGCGGCCGCCGUGGUGGCCCACCAGCAGGCGGUGCAGCAGCAGGCGGUGGUGGUGGCGCAGGACCAGCUCAGCAUGGCGGCCGCCGUGGCGGCGCAGCAGCAGCAGCAGGCCGCCGCCGCAGCAGCUGUGCAGCAGCAACAGCAGCAGCAGCAGAUGCUGGCGGCCCCACAGGCGAUGCAGGUGGAUCUGGUGCAGCAGGCCGGGCAGGCGCAGCAAGCUGCGCAGCAGCAGCAGCAGCAGCCGCCGCCGCAGCCGCAGCAGCAGCAGCAGCAGGCAUUCAUGCAGGCGGGUGGGGGCGCUACCCCGGUGCCCGCCGCUGCGUCUGCCAUUCUGCAGCCCACGCCGCAGAGCUUGCAGAAGGUCCCGAGCCACCACUUCGAGGGCGCUGCGGUGAAGAUGGAGCCGCUGGGGUCGUCCGGCAUGCCUGCCAGCAGCGGCAACGCGCUGAUGGAGGCAAUGGCGUUGAGCGGCAGCCGCGGCACCGCGCCGUCCGCGCCUGCGCCCGCCCCGCCGGCAGGCCAGGCGGCGCCCCCCGGCGGCGUGUCGGGCUCCACCGGCCUCACGCUUGCCUCGGUCUCCACCGGCCUCACGCCGCAGGUCGGCACGCUGGACCUGCCGCCCGGCAUCGAGGCCAUAGUGCCCAGCGACCAGCCGCUGACGGGCGACCCGGCGGCGCUGCAGGCUGCGGCGGCCAUGGGCCCCGUGGUGGCGCUGCCGCCCUCCUCGGGCAUGCCGCAGCAGUCGGCGGGGCUGUCGGUGCUCAGCAUGCCGCACUCCGCCUCCGAGGGGCUGCCCGUGGCCUCUGGCAGCACCAUGUGA